GGUUUAGUUUCGUAACAUCCGCUGGUGGAAUGUUAACAAAAACAAACAUGCCGAAGGAUAUAAAAGUUAAGAAAAUAGGCUUUAAUAUAGAACCACCUGCCCUUAUACUUAUUUAUACCGAACAAGGAAAGUCCAGGAAAAGGAUGAUGCCACUUAGAAACUUCACAAAACGAACAGGUAUCAAUAGGGUUGUGGAAGAACUAAAGGGUCGUCAUUACCACCACCUUGCCAACGUGUCUGAACCACAGUUGGCUAAGCUGUUAACUGUUUUACAAGAUCGUAUGAAUGGUUUAAGCUUGAAAUCAAGUCUUGAAAAAAGGGGUAGCAUGGACAGAUUAGAUCCCGAUGAAGACUUAAACCAAGUUGAUCAAGAAACUCUAACCCUAAAGAAAAAGAUAAUGGAAAAGACGUUUGAGGAAAACUCAAGAAAACCUGGAGACCCUGACUACAAUUAUGAUGUUGAGGUUGAUUUCGAUGAGCAAAUAGAGCCCUCCCCAUGGGAUUCUGACUCAAUGAGUGAUUUCUAG